CGAGCGCAGGCGGCUGCCCGCGGAGAGGAGGGAGCCGGGCCAGGACUAGGAGGUAGCCGGCGGGGCGCAGGCGAGGCGGGCACCCGGCGCGCGCACUUUCCCGCAAAGUGCCAACUACCCGGGAGAGAGUUCCGGCCGCUCACCUUCUGGGCGCCGGGGAAAGUCAGCGGGAAUUUGAGAUUUUAGGGAAGAAGGUCCGAUACCCCCGUCCCCUGUCCCUUGUUACUUAUCCCCAUUAAAAAGAGAAACAACAAGAAUAACAGCAAACUUGCUCUAGUCCCGUCUGUCCCCCCACUCCUGGCACCAUGAAGGCGGCCGUCGAUCUCAAACCGACUCUCACAAUCAUCAAGACGGAAAAAGUGGAUCUGGAGCUUUUCCCAUCCCCGGAUAUGGAAUGUGCAGAUGUUCCACUCUUAACUCCAAGCAGCAAAGAAAUGAUGUCUCAAGCCUUGAAAGCUACUUUCAGUGGUUUCUCUAAAGAGCAGCAACGGCUGGGAAUUCCAAAAGACCCCCGGCAGUGGACAGAGACCCAUGUUCGGGACUGGGUGAUGUGGGCCGUCAAUGAGUUCAGCCUAAAGGGUGUGGACUUCCAGAAGUUCUGUAUGAAUGGGGCAGCCCUCUGCGCGCUGGGGAAAGACUGCUUUCUCGAGCUGGCUCCAGACUUCGUUGGGGACAUCUUGUGGGAGCAUCUGGAGAUCCUGCAGAAAGAGGAUGUGAAGCCGUACCAAGUGAAUGGAGUCAACCCUCCCUACCCAGAGUCACGCUAUACCUCGGAUUACUUCAUUAGCUACGGUAUCGAGCAUGCCCAGUGUGUCCCUCCAUCGGAGUUCUCCGAGCCCAGCUUCAUUACAGAGUCCUACCAGACCCUCCAUCCCAUCAGCUCGGAGGAGCUCCUCUCCCUCAAGUAUGAGAACGACUACCCCUCGGUCAUCCUCCGGGACCCUCUGCAGACGGACACCUUGCAGACUGACUACUUUGCCAUCAAACAAGAAGUGGUGACCCCAGACAACAUGUGCAUGGGGAGGACCAGUCGUGGCAAGCUCGGGGGCCAGGACUCCUUUGAGAGCAUAGAGAGCUACGAUAGCUGCGACCGCCUCACGCAGUCCUGGAGCAGCCAGUCAUCCUUCAACAGCCUGCAGCGCGUCCCGUCCUACGACAGCUUUGACUCAGAGGACUACCCAGCCGCCCUGCCCAACCACAAGCCCAAGGGCACCUUCAAGGACUAUGUGCGUGACCGUGCUGACCUCAACAAGGACAAGCCUGUCAUCCCUGCUGCGGCCCUGGCUGGCUACACAGGCAGUGGACCAAUCCAGCUGUGGCAGUUUCUUCUGGAAUUACUCACCGAUAAAUCCUGUCAGUCUUUUAUCAGCUGGACUGGAGAUGGCUGGGAAUUCAAGCUUUCUGACCCAGAUGAGGUGGCCAGGAGAUGGGGAAAAAGGAAAAACAAACCUAAGAUGAAUUAUGAGAAACUGAGCCGUGGCCUUCGCUACUAUUAUGACAAAAACAUCAUCCACAAGACGGCGGGGAAACGCUAUGUGUACCGUUUUGUGUGUGACCUGCAGAGCCUCCUGGGGUACACGCCCGAGGAGCUGCACGCCAUGCUGGACGUCAAGCCCGACGCGGAUGAGUGAUGGACACCAAGGGGCCGGAGAAACUCUGCUGAGACAUUUCAAAGAACAACCACGUUGGUCGGACUCUUAAUUUUUAAUUGUUAUUCUAUUUUUAAUUUUCCAGAACUCAUUUUUUUACAUUCAGGGGUGGGAGCUAAGUAAGCUGCAGCUAUAAUCAAUUGUGCGCCGUUGGAGGAGGAGA